UGAACUUCACACAAGUUUGGCCUUCACUCAUUCCUAGCGUGUCAUCUUUAGCAGAUAAGGGUAAGAUGAUGAGUCUUCUUUUACUCUAGCUUAUAAGCUUCAACUCUCUAAUUUCUCGCUCUAAUUUCUCUUACUUUCUUGUUGAUUUUCAUAUUCUAGUAAUCUCUUGUAGAUUUUCAAACUUCUCUUCCAAAAAAGUAUCCAACUUUACCUUUAAUUUGUUUUGGGUCGACUCCAUAUUUCUCCUUCUUCUUUUGGUAAUUGCCCUGAAAAACAAACAAUGGAGUUUAUGAGAACAUUCAUAUUGAAACCAAACAUGACAACACAAUUAUACUUUCCACCAUUCACAUCAUCAUGCUGUGUCAACAAAGUGAACAAACCUUAUUCCUAUCAAAAUCCCAACAAGGAUGAUCUCUCAUUGAAAAUGAGCAAAAGGGUUGGUGUUUUUUUAUCUGUAGCAUCAUUGAUUCUGAGGACACAAAGCACAAGCGCGUUUGAGUUCAAGUUUGUGGCACCUGAUCAAACAAUUGAAGAAGCUGAGAGUGGUGUUAGAGGGCAUGCACAGAAUUUGUUACAAGUUAAGGAUCUUUUGGAGUUAGAGUCAUGGAAAGCAGCACAGAAGGAAUUGAGAAUGAGCUCAGCACUUUUGAAAAAGGAUAUAUACACCAUCAUACAAAACAAGCCUGGAAUUGAGAGGCCACCAUUGAGGAAGCUCUACACUACUCUAUUCAACAAUGUUACUAGACUGGAUUAUGCAGCAAGGGAUAAAGAUAUACCGGAAAUUUGGCGGCGUUACGAGAACAUUGUGGUGGCUGUGAAUGACAUUCUAUCCAGAAUAUGAUGAUAUCCUAGGAUAAUGGUAGAUUGAUUGUUCUAAGAUAUAAAGUAGUCAAAAAAAUGGACUCAAAUCUAGCUAAACAAAACAGGAUCCUCUUAAAUAUUAAGGCGUUAUUGGUUUUGAUCAUGUAAAGUUAGCUAUGAUUGUUGAAAUUUGAAUAGAAUGUGAUAUCAUCAGAA